AUGGCUGCCGCCGGGCGGAGAAAAGUGACCCUGAUGGAGCCGGUGGCAGCCCUACCCAAGCCAGGGCCACCUCCGCCACAGCCCUCCGCGCCCGCGCCGGGGAGGCCCAAGAAGUGUCUGGUGUACCCGCAGCCGCCGAAGAGCUCCCGCCUGCCUCCGUCGGUCCUGCGCUGGCUCCAGGGCCUGGACCUCACCUUCUUCCCCAGGAACGUCAGCAGGGAUUUUUCCAAUGGCUUCCUGAUAGCAGAAAUAUUCACCAUACAUUACCCCCAGGACCUUCAAUUAUCAUCCUUCGAAAAUGGAUCUUCUUUAAAAGUCAAGUUGGAUAACUGGGCACAGUUGCAAAAGAACGGUUUGACAUCAAACGGGCUGCGGGGGAAGUUACUCUCAGUCACCUUCCCACGUCCGCCUCUCAGCAGAAACCUAAGUCAGCGGUUUCCAAGCAAACAGCAGUUCCCGUUUUACCACACAUAAAUAAUGGCAAUUCAAUUAAAACAACUUCUAUGAAGCAACCUAGAACACCUUCUUUUGAAUCCAUGACGGAACCUACUGAACUUGAACGAGGACUGGAAGAGGGGACACCUCCUUCUCCUGC